AUGGAUAAAUCUCUAGUGCUACUCUUCCUAGCCCUGAUGAGAACAUCAAAGGCUCAGCUUGGAUACUUGCCGAGCGCUUCUCCUAGCUACUCCUAUAACCCUCCGGGAUUGAGGUCAUCUGUUUCCAGUCAAGAAAUCGAAGACCCCGUAACCGCCCUGGCCGUCAAUAUUCCCGGGGGCGGCGUCCCUGGCCAACACUACCCGAUCCUGGCCUCUGUGCCACAAACCGGUUUCUCCUGCCAGUCUCGGGAGUUCCCUGGUUACUUCGCCGACACCGCUGACGAGGCCCGCUGCCAGGUCUUCCACAUCUGCCAGUUCGACGGCCGCCUCGACUCCUUCCUGUGUCCCAACGGCACCGUCUUCAACCAGCAGUACUUCGUGUGUGACUGGUGGUUCAACGUCGACUGCGCCGCCUCCGAGCAGUUCUUCGCUCUCAACUCCGAGAUCGGCAAGAUCCCCGAGGACGCAGAUGCUUCCAUCCGCAGUGACGCUGGGACGCUCAACCAGCUGUACAGCGUCCCAGAGCAGCGUCAAGCUUCCCCAUCACCUCCCCCGACACCCUCACAGUUCUACAACAGACCCAACCGGCUCUAA